AUAUACGAAGAAAAGUAAACAUAAAUAUUGUCAGUGGCUGUAUCAGAGCUCUGCUGUUGAACGUUUGCCUGAAUUGCUUGUUUGUGUUUAUUUCCUGUUGUACAAACGUCUUAUACUUUUAUGAAGGCUCUUAUUGUUUAUUAAAUAUUACUGUUCAAUAAAUAAUCAUUCAUAUCAAUAAUAGUAGUAUUUAGUAGUAGUAUUUGAAAUUGAGAAACAAUCUGGGUGUUAGUGAUGGUGAUUUUGACUUUAGUGCAGGUUACAUUAUUACACCACUAGAUGGCGACAAAACUGUCUUUAUUAGUGAGUCCGCAGCAAACUUUUACUUUAAACAACAUCUAUAUGUAUGUAUGUGUGUGUGUGUGUAUUUUAAGUCCACAUGCCACUAUAUAUAAAUACAAUAUAUAUAUAUAUAUAUAUAUAAUAUAAAUAAACACACAAAAAAAUCAUUCAUAUGAACAGUUUUGUUUUGUCAUUGUCUCUUAACUGAAAGUGACAGUAAAAGACAGAAAUAAAUAUGCAAAAGAAGCAUUACAUCUAGACAGCCUUUAUUUAACUACCAAAUAUUGUACUUCAUUUGAGGUGGCCUAAGCUCUCUAGCUUCUGCUAUGUCUCUCUCACUCUCCCUUCAGCCAAGGUUUCAGUUUCCAUUCUGAUUUUGACACUCCCAUCUCUAGGAGAGGUCAAUAAAGCCUGCACAGCCUUCCUCAUCUGAAACAGUUUGCUUCUGAAACAUUUAUCGUACAGACAUCCCAGAUAAGGUAUGGAUCCUGAAAGAACUCUGAGAACAAAACUUCACCAGCUGGAAUGCCACUUCACCUGGGCUCUGCUGAAAGAUGAUAUAGAUCUAAAGGAUGUUUUCAACAGGCUGCAAGAACAGAUUAAGUUGGACCUCACAAAGAAAGAUGGACUUGCCCGAACUUACAGUGCUUUGGCAUAUAUCCAGUACCUUUUGGGGUUUCACGAGGAGGCACAUAACAACCUCAUGACAUCCAUGGAGCUACACAUGGAAUGCCACGGGGAUGAAUUUCAUAAGACUCUCAUUGUCACUUAUGGAAACCUUGCCUGGUUAAACUACCACAUGAAGAACUACACAGAAUGUGAAAGCUACCUGAAGAAGCUUCAAAAGAUAAAUGAAACCCUUCCAACUGACUUAUCAGUUCCAGCAGUGCUUGGUGAGAAGGGAUGGACUUUUCUUAAAUUCUCACGCAAAUAUUAUGAAGGAGCUAAAGAAUGUUUCAGGAAGGCUUUAGAACAGGAACCAGAGGAAGGCGAAUGGAAUGCUGGUUAUGCCAUUGCACUGUAUCGCACUGAAUAUGAGAGUUUCACUUUGGAGGAUUCACCUACAAUAAAACAACUGAGACGGGCCAUUGACACAAAUCCAGAUGAUGACGUUCUCAAAGUCCUCUUAAGCAUGCGACUGAUUAUUUACAAGAGGUACAACGAGGCUGAAAGCUUGGUAGAGAGGGCUUUAGAAAGAUCUCCAGAUCACCCACAUGUCAUGAGAUAUGUUGCGAAAUUCUUCAGGAAUCAAAAAAGUGUGGACAGGUCAGUUGCUCUUUUGAAGCAAGCGCUUGAACGCUCACCCAAUUCGAGUUUCAUACAUCAUCAGUUGUCUCUUUGCUAUAAGCUGAAGAAAAUCCAACUGCUGCGGGAGCGAAGUCACCAUACCAAAGGGUCAAGAGUUCAACAGAUUCGCGAUCAAUGCAUCUAUCAUUUAGAAAAGGCCACCAGCCUGACGGCCUCCUUCAUUUCUGCAAUGAGUGAUCUAGCGUUGCUGUACGGAGAGAACCAGGACAUAGAGCGGGCUGAGGAGCUGUUUCGGGUCACUUUUAAAGCAGCUGAAGAGAAAAACGACAAUCUACAUGUGGUCAACUUUUACUAUGCUGAAUUCCAGCUGUACUGCCACAAAUGUGAGCCGUUAGCUAUCAAACACUUCAUGGAAUGUCUAAAGAUGAGCCCAGAUUCAGUCGAAGGGAAGAGAAGUGCCUACAAUUUAAAGAAGAUCGCUGACAAACGGAUUCAGAGAAACUCACUGGAAGGGGAGGCUUACGGGAUACUAGGGUUCCUUCAUAAGGUAAAAGGGGAGAAACGUCAAGCCAUUGAGUGCUAUGAGAAAGCUCUGAGUUACGAAGACAAUGAUGAGUUCCUCAGUAACCUUAGUGCACUCAGACUGUCCUUACAGUGAAGUCAUUUUACACAUAUUAUGAACACAUAUUAUGCGCUUACACUAUUAGAUCUACAUUAUGUAAUAUGCAUUUGAUUGUGCUUCAUGUACUGACACUUCAUGGCUAUUUAUUAUGUAACUGUACAAUGGAGAUUAAGUCAGAAAAAAUGAUCAGAAAAUAUAUAAUGUAUUGUAUCUGUUGAUGUUCUAAGAUUAAACUACUAUAGGCCCAACAUCACUGGCUAAAAAUAUUUUACAGUAUUACUAAACUGUGAUUAUCCAAAAGGCACUUUACACUAAGAGCUUAAAUGUUUAAAUAAAAUUCAUAAUGUAUAUAAUGCUUGUUUGUCUGUUUUUUCACAAGCAGUUGUUUGUACAGGUAAUGAGGGCCAUAAGAAAGGUGAAUGUAAUUAUGCAUUUCAGUGUGACAUGACUUUUCUUCCAUACAUCAGAACUCCUUGGAACAAACAAGUAAAAUUAUAAGUGAAGGAUCCUUAGAUCCUUACAUGCAAAUUAUUGUGUUGUGUUUAAAUUUUAUGUUUGUUUUUAAUUUCAUUUAUAAUCAUUUAUUUACAUAAUCAUUUAAUAAUCAUUUUAUAAUCAUUAAUCAUUCACAUAAUUCAUAUUUAAUUAUUUAUUUGAUUAUUUAAGUAUUUAUCAUUUAUUCAUAUAUAUUAUUCAGUUAUAUGUUUUUAUAUUUUAUAUUUCUUAUUAUUUUCCUUGCUUAUGUAUUUUCAUUAUUGUUCAGUUCCAUGAUUGUGGGGUUUCAUGAAUUGUUUGGUCCAAGAAAUAGAUAACGGGGAUGUUUAUGGAAAUUCAAGGUUUAUGGGAUGUUGAAUCCGUUUGAUAUAUCAUUGUUCUUUGAGCUGUACUCCUCAGACGAAGUUUGAACAUUGAGACAUACGCAACUAAAACUGUUCAAUAAAUUCUAUUAUACCUUUUUUACCAUCAUCACUUCGUCUCCUGCUUCUGCUCUUUUCUGGCUUUCAUCGAUCAACUUCAUAACUGACAGAAACCUGCUCGUUAGUGGGGUUGGGGUAACUACAGCUUGCUGACUAGUUGUUCCGUUACCAAAAGACUGAUAUAUUUCUGACGGGAUCUGGUGUCCGGGGCUGGAUCCUGAUUGUCUGGCGUGUGGACCUGAUCUAACAUAAGUAAAUGUAUGUUGUACAUUCCCUCCCUAAAAGAU